AUGAGCUCGCGGUGGCAGCAGGCGGGACACACGCCUGAGGGCUCGGCGGGCGGUCUGCCUGGCGUUCGCGACGUUACCCCCGAGGCCUUCAUUGCCGCCUACUCGUCCCACCUCAAGCGCUCCGGCCGGCUUCACGGCGGUGCUGCGCUCGCCCGCGCCAUCGUCGACGGCCCGACCGCCCUCGCCUCGAGCAGCCCGCCCGGCAACCUGGUCUAUGCUGCCGGUCUCGGCGCGCGCGCGGCUUCGCCCCGCAAGCUCGAGAUCCCCGUCUGGGUCGACGUCGUCAAGACCGGCACUGGCAAGGAGCUCGCGCCGUACGACCAGGACUGGUUCUACAUCCGUGCCGCCGCCGUCGCUCGCCACAUCUACCUCCGCAAGCACGUCGGUGUUGGCGCCCUCGCCAAGCUCCACGGCGGCUCGGUCAACCGCGGCCAGCGCCCGUCGCACCACGCCGACGGCUCGCGCUCGGUUGAGCGCAAGGUCCUCCAGGCCCUUGAGAAGAUCGGUGUCCUCGAGCACGACACUGCCCGUGGUGGUCGCCGCAUCACCGUCGACGGCCAGCGUGACCUUGACCGCAUCGCCUCGGCGAUCGUCGAGGAGCAGCGCUCGUCGGAGGAGGACGACGAGUGUACGUCCUGCAUCCCACCCUCGUCAUCUCGGCCUUCGUAA